CCGUUUGACUCAGGUACGUCUUUUACUCAUCUCAACAACCUAUCUUUUAUUUUAUAACUUGUUCUUUUGCUUUUCUUGUUUCUAUUUACUCACUGUUUGCGAACAAUAGAACUAAAACCUUGAAUCCUUCCAAUUUCACAAUCAAAUUGACUUGGAUUGUUUUGCGCCAUACCGUAUUUAUUUCCAGUCGCGAUCCUGGUUUAUCUACCCCGCCAUCCGCCAUCCCACCAAUCGUCAUUCUUACUACCAUCCUUCAACGCCGUCAUCAUGUCUGGACGAGGAGCACCCGGUGGCAAUUCUCGUGGCCGUGGAGGCAAGUUUAGGAAGUUCACUCGAGGAGGCGGAAAGCACUUCUCUCGUGACCUCCGACCCCUUGACGCUGAUGGUAAUGAGAUCAGCAUGUGGAGCGCAAAUGCCAAAAAGGAUGACGAAGACGACGAUGAGGAAGAGAGCUCUGAAGAGGAAGACUCGGAGGACGACGACGAUGCUGGCCCUUCCCAACAGACGGCCGAGUUAACUCGAGAGGAGCGCAAACAGGCUAAGAAGGCCCAGAAGGAGGCAGCUAUUGCCAGGAAGAACAAGACUGUUCAAGUCGGCGACCUGCCUACUGAUUCUGAAUCUGAAGAGGAAGAUGACGAUAUGCCUGCCAACCCGAACCACUCCAAAGCUGCACGAAACAUGGCCAAGGCCCCGUUGUCAACUAACGAUGUUGAGGAGGCUACCGAGGGUGUCAAGAACUUGUCGACCAUGAGUCGAAAGGAGCGCGAAACCCUAGAAGCCCAGCAAGCCAAGGAGAGGUACCGCAAACUUCACGAGGCUGGCAAGACAGACGAGGCUAAGGCUGACCUGGCGCGUUUACGACUCAUCCGAGAGAAGCGAGACGCCGAGGCUGCGAGAAAGCAGGCUGAGAAGGAAGAGAGAGAGGCACAGGAGAAGGCCCGAAGAACUGAGAUUGAGGCCAAGGAAGCAAAGAAACGCGAGGCUGCCCUGGGCAAGAGUGUUGGAGGAAAGAAAAAGUCAACUAAAUGAACGUAACCAUUCAUGAUGGACUGCGGUUGGCGUAGUCUGCAUGGCCUUGAAUCAUUCGGGCCAUUUCACAUUGCAUAUCAAUAAAACACUCUUGAGUUGCCUUGCA